AUGAAACGGCUGUACGGCGCCAUGGCCAUGGAGACCAUCAUUCACGUGGCUUUUGGCGUGAAAGUAGACUCACUGGCCGACCCGACCAACCCUAUCAUAGUUUACGCAAAAAAGUCCUUUCAGAAUGACAUGUCAGUGACUACCUUCAUCAGCAUCAUGGCCAUCAUUCUGAUGCCCGGUGUGGCGGAGAAGUUGGGCAUUCGCUACCGAGGCGAUAUUACCGACUUUUUCCGCCAUUUUGCCGAAGAGAUUAUCUCACAGAAAAAGAGGGAACUGGCUGAUGCUGCCACAUUGGGAACACCCAAAACGACCACCAGCAGCAGCAGCAGCUUUCUGGAGUUGCUUCUCGAGGCAGAGGAGGAAGGUCGACGGCAGCAGCAAGCAAAUAAAAAUGAUGAAGAUAAUGAGCAACCAAAGAUGGGCAAAAAAUCGUCCCCUAAGCACAUGAGCACCGAUGAAAUGGUNGGGGAACUGGCUGAUGCUGCCACAUUGGGAACACCCAAAACGACCACCAGCAGCAGCAGCUUUCUGGAGUUGCUUCUCGAGGCAGAGGAGGAAGGUCGACGGCAGCAGCAAGCAAAUAAAAAUGAUGAAGGUAAUGAGCAACCGAAGAUGGGCAAAAAAUCAUCCCCUAAGCACAUGAGCACCGAUGAAAUGGUCAGCCAGUGCAUCCUCUUUUUCCUCGCCGGCUACGAAACCAGCUCUAGCACCAUGUGCAUGGCUGCCUACCUCCUGGCGCUGCAUCCUCAGGCGCAGGAGAAACUCCACGAGGAGAUCAUUUCAGUCACCGCUCAACUGGCGGCAGAACGUCCUCAAAUGGCUGCCAAUGUAGUCGAGCUGAUCACCUUCGAAGAUCUGCCUCGAUUCGCCUAUCUCUCCGCUGUGGUCGAUGAGACGUUGCGCCUGUAUGCGCCGGCGACGGCCACCGAGCGCCAGGCAAGUGAGGACACCCUCCUUCAGUCGACCCAUUACAGCAUCCACGUGAAGAAGGGCGAUGUAGUGCACAUCCCAAUCUACUCGAUGCACCGCGACGAGGAGCAGUUUGAGCAGCCGGAAAUCUUCAAGCCGGAGCGCUUUCUGCCAACAACAGCCGCCGGUGACAAGGCACCCCCUUCCUUUCACCGCUACAGCUACCUUCCCUUCGGAGGUGGGCCACGCUCGUGCGUGGCAAUGUCGCUGGCGCUGAGAGAGGUCAAACUGGCCCUGCUGCACACUGUACGGCUCUACAAGCUCUCACCCUGUGACCGGACAAAGAUUCCAGUGGAGCUGUACUACCAGGCCAACUUUAUCACACCAAAGGAUAUCAUUUUAAAGGUGGAGAAACGAUAA